AUGGAGGACACCAUCUCCCAGAUUCAUCUUCAGGUUACCCAGUGGUGGCGAGGCAAGGACGCCCAGGGAAACAUCCAGCCCCUCUCCUGGGCCCUCACCUACAAAAUCUCCGGCUCGGACCAUCGUCCUAUGGGCACCAAGUACGGCGUGGCGGGUACCAUCGACACCUACGCCUAUGAAGUAGACCGCAGCGUCCCCAUCCGACACGAAGGCUGGCGCGGAUCGCUCGUCGUGGGCCGCAUAGCGCCGGACGCCCUCGAGCAGCUCGAACGCAUCCUCUCCCAGAUUCCGGUCGUCCGUGGUGAUCCCUCGUGGAACUGUCAUAACUGGGUCUGGCACGGCAUCCGCGAGCUCAGGCAAGCAGGCUUCAUCAUCGAUCCAAACCUCACCUGGCAGGGUCUCCGAGACAAGAUGCUGGAGCUUCUAGAAGCUUGGGAGCGGGGAGACAUUUGA